GCUGGCUGGCUGGCUGGAUGCAUGGAUGGAUGUUGUUGUCGUUGUACACAAGGACACGGACGGUGACGACACCUGUCGUCGUGGGAUGAUGACAAAUCCUUUUAGAAGUACAUCAGGGAAGAAUCCGACAUGUGAUGCCAGGCCCAAGGCUUCCUGGAUGCCCGUUAGUGAAAGAGAAGGGCUGAACGCCGCCGCCCUCCCUCAGCUUCCCGCCAGCCCUCUCGUCCCCCAUCCGGCAGCGCCCCUGCGACAGUAGCCGACCUACUGCUGGCGGACCUCAGGGCCCUGGUCACAAAUAAGGCAGAGGGCCAAAACUCAUGGCGACGGGCGGUUGUGCUCCAGACAUUGAUGUUUUGAUCAACCUGCAUCAGAUGAGGGACUAUGGAGACAAUGAGGAAGAAUCAUCGUCUGUUCAGCAGAAAGAAGGGGAGGGGGACGACUGGGAGAAAGCGCUGUCUGUCCAAUACUUUGCUGACGUCAUCAGUGAUUCGGCAUCCACAAGUGGAGACCGGAUGGGCCCGCACUACACAGAAAAAGAUUUUGAGUAUCACCGGCACACAAUUCAUCACGUCCAUCACCCCCUCUCCACUCGCUUGCCCGUAACGCAAUGCUUCCGCAAGAGGGUGCACGGCGCCGAGCGCAGGCGCAAAAAGAAACGCAAGAAAAGAAAGACGUCCCUGCCGCCCUCCGAUGUGACGCCCACCAUCCACGAGGUCGACGAGGAGGAGGCCGAGUGUGAAAUGGAAAGGCGGGAGGCCGUGGCUGGUGACGCGCAGUUUAGUUUGGAGAGUGGAGAGCACUUGGACGAAGCUCUCCCAGUCGCCUCCGUCCACACGGAAAAUGAAGAACGGCGCCGGGCCCAGAAAGGCACCAUCUCUAGCAACGGUAAGCUUCGCUCCGGAGGACAUGAUGUCAUCGAGCACCUGGAUGAGGAGCCAAAGGAGUCCCGCAAGAGCACGAGCCCGGGAUGCGAGUCGUCCGCCGGCGGCGCCACCCCGAGCUGGUUCUGUCGAAAGGCCGCCCACCAUCGCGUAGCCGGCGCCCAGCGUUGCAACUACGACCUGAGGGAGCGCAUUUGCAUCGGCAGCAUGACGGCGACCGAGACGGCCGUCUAUCAACAAGUGCCAACCGAUGAAGCCGAGGCCCAGAUGUUGGCCAGCGUCGACUUGGAUGACAUGAAAAGUCACAGAUUUGAAGACAACCCCGGGGUGAGACGCCACUUAGUCAAGAAGUCGUCCCGGUUUCAGAUGGGCCGUACCAGCAACAGUUCCACGCCGCUGUCCAGCCUGAAGAUGAAGAAACGAGCGUCGGACAAGAAGAUUCACGAGUUGUUUGUGGAGCUCAACGAGCUGAUUGUGGAGAAGGACCAUGAAAUGCGCUGGAAGGAGCGCGCCCGCUGGAUCAAGUUUGAGGAGGAUGUGGAGGAGGAGACGGAGCGCUGGGGCAAACCUCACGUGGCUUCGCUGUCAUUUCGCAGCCUCCUGGAGCUUCGCCGCACCAUCACGCACGGUGCGAUCCUUCUGGACCUGGAGCAGAACUCUCUUCCGGGAAUUGCCCACUUGGUGGUGGAGACCAUGAUCAUCUCUGAUCAAAUUAGAGCGGAAGACAGAUCCUGCGUGCUCAGGGCUCUGCUGCUCAAACACAGUCAUCCGAGCGACAUGAAGCAUCGUUUUCACCGGCACCACUCAUCGAGCAGUCUUCACGGCAGUUUCAAUCACAACCACGUGCAGGACACCAGCCUGCCCCUCGUGGCUGAAGAAGUGGAAGAGGAUGGCAAAGGACCUGUCUUUGACCCCAAGCAAGAAGUUUUUGUCAGCCUGUUUAAAUCUCUCCACCCCGUAUCUCCGGAGAGCCAUCCGGCGGCCGCCAGAUCUUUGAAACUCUUGGCCAAGAUACCGAGAGAUGCCGAAGCUGUCAUUGUUUUAGUGGGCUGCGUGGAAUUCCUGGAGCAGCCGGCCAUGGCCUUCGUCCGGCUGAACGAGGCCGUGCUUCUGGAGUCCGUCUUAGAGGUGCCGGUUCCUGUUCGCUUCAUUUUCGUCCUGCUCGGUCCCAGUCAGUCCAACGUGGACUACCACGAGAUCGGACGUUCCUUCUCAACACUCAUGUCUGACAAGAGCUUCCACGAGGUGGCUUACUUUGCCGACGACAGACAGGAUCUCCUAAACGGUAUCAACGAAUUCCUGGACUGCAGCAUCGUCAUCCCGCCAUCCGACGUGGAGGGCAAAGACCUACUGAAGACCGUAGCCGACUUCCAGAAGCAGAUGCUACGCAAGCGAAAGGAACGGGAGCUGAAGAAGCACCACUCUUCGUCCGGCAUGGAGCAGAACAACAAAGACAUGAUUCAAGAGGAGGAAGAGGACGGCGACCAAGAGAUGGACCCUUUAAAGCGUUUGGGGAUUCCGUUCGGAGGACUCCUCCAUGACAUUCGCCGCCGCUACCCCAACUACGUCAGCGACUUGAAGGAUGCCGUGGACAUGCAGUGCGUGGCUGCCGUCAUCUUCAUCUACUUUGCUGCACUGUCGCCCACCAUAACGUUUGGCGGCUUGCUCGGGGAGAAGACAGAGGGCAUGAUGGGAGUGACCGAGUUGAUUGUUUCCACUGCCACGCUCGGCGUUAUAUUCUCACUCCUGGCCGGUCAGCCUCUUCUCAUCAUUGGCUUCUCGGGACCUUUACUGGUUUUCGAGGAAGCCUUCUACAAGUUCUGCCAGGCCUACGAUUUUGAGUACCUGACCGGUCGAGUGUGGAUCGGCUUCUGGCUCGUCUUCAUCGUGCUGCUGAUUGUGGCGGCGGAGGGCAGCUUCCUCGUCCGCUUCAUCUCGCCCUUCACUCAAGAGAUCUUUGCUUUCCUGAUCUCCCUCAUCUUCAUCUACGAGACCUUCUCAAAGCUCUUCAAGGUCAUUCGAGAGAUCACGUGGUCAGACCGAGGCGUUUGGAUUUGUCACGCGACGCUUGACGUCUUUCAGGUGUUUCAAGAACAUCCGUUGAUGGCGUGGUACCCUGGGGACUCCACCCCUCCGUCUGAGCUUCAGGAGGUCCAGAACCAACCCAACACCGCUCUGCUGUCUCUGAUCCUCAUGAUGGGCACUUUCUUUGUGGCGUUCUUCCUCAGAAAGUUCAGAAACAGUCGGUUCUUAGGCGGCAAGGCAAGAAGAAUCAUCGGAGACUUUGGUAUUCCCAUUUCCAUUUUAGUUUCUGUGUUGGUGGAUUACUCCAUCACCGACACUUACACACAGAAGCUGGACGUGCCGUCCGGCUUUUCAGUCACGUCCCCCAACAAGAGAGGCUGGUUCAUCAGUCCCUUUGGAGAUAAGCAGCCCUUCCCUACUUGGCUGAUGGGAGCGUCCAUUGUGCCCGCCCUUCUUGUGUUCAUCCUCAUUUUUAUGGAAACGCAGAUCACUUCCCUGAUUGUCAGUAAGAAGGAGCGUCGCCUGGUGAAAGGCUCGGGGUUCCACCUGGACCUGCUGCUGAUCGUGAUUCUGGGAGCCUUCUGCCCGCUCUUCGGCUUGCCGUGGCUGACGGCGGCCACCGUGCGCUCCGUCACUCACGUCAACGCCCUCACGGUCGUGAGCAAAGCCACGGCGCCUGGAGAGAAGCCCGUGAUCCAGGAAGUCAAAGAGCAGAGGCUGACGGGACUUAUCGUCGCCCUGCUUGUCGGUAUGUCCAUCGUGAUGACCGACGUGCUGCGUCACAUCCCUCUGGCCGUGCUCUUUGGCAUCUUCUUGUACAUGGGGGUCACCUCUUUGACGGGGAUCCAGCUGUACGAACGCAUCACGCUCAUGGUCACGCCGGCCAAGCACCACCCCGACCACAUUUACGUCACCAAGGUGAAGACAUGGCGCAUGAACAUGUUCACCCUCAUCCAGCUGGGCUGCAUCGUCACGCUGUGGGUCGUCAAGUCCACCGCCGCCUCGCUGGCAUUCCCCUUCGUCCUCAUCAUGACGGUGCCGUUGCGCCGCGUCAUCCUCUCCAGGAUUUUUGAGGAACGGGAGCUCCAGGCGCUGGAUUGCGAUGAAGACUCGCCCAACUUUGAUGAAGAUGGACGAGACGAGUACAACGAGAUUCACAUGCUCGUGUAAAGUUGACCGAGCCGAAAAAGACCGCCCUCUCCUUUGUGUGCGAGUCCCCUACCUGAAGUCAUGAAAGGACAAUGACUGAUUCUAUCCCUUUAAUUAGCGUGCAGGCUUUGGGCCAAUGUGCAAUGUUAAUGGUCACCCACCCCUGAGACAAACACAAAGCGGCUGCUGGAUGAAUGUCUUUAAAAAAAUGUCGACGUAAUGAGUAGGUGAACUCUUUGCCCCCAAAGCAAAAAGGAUGUCGAGACCAAAUGAUAUUCCCUAAGCUCUUUACACAACUGCCAAUUUCUUUCCAAUGUUAUGCAAAAAGGCCUUGGAUGCUGUUGUGAUGAGACGUUGGCUUACACUCGUGCCAGAAAUUGCCUUCAAUAUCAUGGCGGUCCAAUGCAAAUGUCGCUUUCAUGAAAAAUAGAAUGAUGCCAACUUGCCUUUUGUAAAGAAAGCAAAUGGUGGUGGCCCACUGCGAGAGCAGAACUUUACAGAUUUGAGCGAUCCAGAACAGGUCAAAUGUCCAAAAUGUGCCCAGGCCAGAAGGGUUCAAAAAGUCCAGAUGAAAAAGCCGAGUGUGGCGAUGUUGACGGGCACUUCAAGCACUUUGACCAAACAAGACGUCAACACUCGUUCAAGCCAAACCUUUGUGGGCAGGCGGAACACAGCACAAAAGGAACACUUACAAAUAAGUCACUUGGCGUUUUCGUCACCCAUUUUUUUUUACAUUCUGCUGCUUGGUAAUGUUUAAACUUUAACUGCAAAUAAGGUGUUGGCCCACAGUUAAAAGGACCUUGUGUAAUGUGCUUCAUCCCACGCCGCCUCCUAAAAGAAGAAAAGAAAGAAGAAAAAAAAGUCCUUCUUCAUAUUAGCUCUUUCAUCUUCUCGACAAGAUUUCCAGUACACAUUUCACAUAUGUCAUGAAUAAUACAACAAAACACGUCAGCCGAGAAACUAAGCAAACGCACGUGUAGCCGACGCGCCGGGGGGAGCGUUGGCAGCCCGGCGGGCUGAUGUAUCGGAUCGUGCCACUGUCGAUCAGAAUCUUCCGUCAUCCAUCGGCCAAACGGCGAGCUCGCCGCACAAUUCCAAUUAGCCGCAGUUUGCUCAAAAGUCGUCGUCAAUGUCUGCCGAUGAUGAUGCGUUUGGCCUGCGCCGCCAUUUUGCCAGAUGUUUUUGCUCAUGAGGCGUGUUCAGGAAAGGUCCUGUCGGACAAAUCCUGCUUAUUAAGAGAGCAGCUGGUAAAAAUCCUCUGAUAAGCAACGUUUGAACCUGCCGCUGUCUCGGGAGUCUCCGAAAAGUUCCAUGCCAGCCUAGCAAAGUGAAAGCGGACGGCUAAUAUGACUAGCGUAACUUUUCUAUGGUGGCUUUCUUGUGUGCGUUUGAUUUGUUUUGCCCCUUGAGGUUAUUUCGUUUGCUGUUGUACACAGGCACUUGCUUCUCGGUUGUCAUGGGCUCAUUUUUUUUUAUUUUUGCUAAGAGUUGUGUGUGGCUCAAGAUCACCAAUCCCUAGCUUUAUAGCUGCAGGAAUACAAUCAACUGCCCCCCGCUCAAGUGGACCUUUCCAGUUGAUAUUUGAAUGAAUCAAAUGUUUGCUGGCCCCGAUGUGCGUUUACACAAGCGUGGCCGGCCGGAGCCAUACAAGAAUUCUCUCAGGGUAAACUGACCUUUGAACUGUAAAUACCCAGCCUUUAGUUAGCUGAGAUGUGUUUGUACAAAAAUCACCUGUGGCUUGCUUUGCUCAAGUGCAGAAGAUGAAUGACGUGUUGAAGGAUUUGCAAAUUUCACACCUUGCUUGCUUGAUUUGGUCAAGUAUGUACCUGCUUUUGGAGCGCCGUGUUACAUUCAUUCUCACUGCUUCAUUUCAGACAAUCGACUAGGUGUAAAUCUUUUGUUGGCAAUUGUAAAGAACAUGAGCUGUUAUUUUUGGAAAGGCGUCGUAAAUGAGCGCAGCCGCUGGAGCUUUGCGGCACAUUGCGCGUCCUCGUGCUGCCGUUUGUGCCACAAGUAAAGCGUCGAGCGCAGAUCAUCAAACGUGGCGUGUCCUGUCUGCUUGUUGGACGUCCAAACGUGCAGGUUGAAAAGGAAACUACUUGCGUUUUGUUUCUUUUAACCCUCAAAACUUUGGGCCCUGUCAACCAGUGACGUGCUGCGAGGUUCAUGACUGACGUCCUCCUCCGAGCGAAUCGUCUUCGGUUUUAAAAGAACUAUAAAAAUUCAGCGAUUUUGGUUCCAAACUAUUGAAAUGAAAAGGAAAAUGACUUUAUAAUAAAAACAAUCGAAUUUGUUUUUCCCCUUUUCAUGAUGGCAGGGGAGGCGUGGCCUCCUCUGACCAACCGCACGUCCCUGCUGUCAACAGUCUUUGUUUUGUCACCUCCAUUAGGGCGGACCACCCAGAGCACUUAGCUUGAUUUCAAAAGUCUUCAAUUGAACGGGGAUGGUCAGGAACAAAAAGGAACAAAGACAGAUAAGCGCUCGUCUCACAAGCACAUGGAUAGAGCUCAACUUUUAGUUUUCCUCGCAAAACAUCUUCGAAACAAACACGUGGUGAGCAACAUUCCAUUUGUAUUCCUGCUCCUUAGCCCACGUAAAUAAAGUCAUACUGAUCUUUUGAAAAGUGCUAUUCUUAGCGUAAAAGGUCAUCAUGGGAGGACCUUGGCUAUUUCUCCAAAGAUGGCGCUGGAGUGUUUGUUUAAACCGUGCGGCAAGUUCAGAUGUUUUGUCUGAAGAGGGCAAUGAGGCCAAUGCGUUUGUGCAACUUUGGCUUUGUCUGUCCGCAAGAUGAGAGAAAUACGUGACUUUGGUCUAUUGGGACCGCUCCCUUUCCCAAACUUCUUAUUUACUGCAACCAACGGACACACAUUCAAAGAAUUUGCAGCGCGCGCGGGACAAUGGCAUCAUAUUCUGUGAGCCCGUCGAGAAAAGAACAACAACUCGUGCUGUCCUACGAUGAAGUCUUGCAAAUGUAUAAUGUCGACAGAAAAGGACGGGAUUAGUGUCGAUGUACAAAUGUGAAUCUAUCCUUGUAAAUAAACAUAUACGCAUGUCCAUUUUGAAAAGUAUCCAUGCUAACAGGUAGCGGUGCUAACAGGUAGCGGUGCUGCACGGCUUCCAUUUGGGCCGACACCGGCGCUCGAGCACGUCGCCAUUUCUAUCAGGUUCAAACAGCUUCAUUAUUGUUAUCAACAUGACUCGUCAUUUUUUUCCAAUUCCUGUAAAGCAUUAUUUUUGUCGAAAAUAAACGUGUUUCAAAACA